CCCCUCUGCACGCCUAUGGACCAAACUAGGAGUGCAGAAGGCGGUGCACUCGUUGUUCAUGAUCGAUCAUCUGAAGAUAUCAUUAAACAAUUAGUUGGGCGUGUUGAUACUCUUUCCGUUGAAUACAAUAAAAUUCUACUUGCUGUAGAUGACUUAAAAAAGAGCAAUCAGCAGGACCAGAAUGUUAAGGAACAGCUCAGUGAUAUUGAAACUCGCCUUGCUCAGUUCACUCAGCGAGCCUUAAUGAAUCAUCGAAAAAGGAUUAUUCAGGAGUCUACGAAAUUGGCAAAAAAAUUGGAAGGCUUAUCUGAGAACAUUGAUCAGGAAUCAGAAAAAUUUGAAAAUAUCUUGGAGAAUGCUCAUAGGAAGAUGGAUGAAAUUAGUGAGCAGUUACAAAUGUUUCAGGCUACAUUUCACGCCACAUCACAUGCAUAUCGUUACCCCAUCACUGCAUUAUCUGAAAAGGUAGUGGAACUAGACAGCCGUCUCUCAAUUCUUGAAGGAGGUGAAGGAAGAGCUGAGUCUCUUGAACCACAUGAUGUAGUUGGCGAGGAUCACCAUGAUCCAAUCAUCAUGAAUGAUUAAUAAUUUUAAAUUUUGUAAUUUCAAACGAGUUUGUUUGGUGCAUUGUGUAUGCAUAGAUAUUAUACACGAAACUGCUGCUAGCUGUUAGAUAUUAUUUCCUAGCUUUUUUCUUAAUAUUUUACUUUUAGG